AUGGCUUAUUCUUCUCUAUUAAAGUAUGAUGUUUCUCUUAGUUUCAGAGGUGAGGAUACCCAUGAUGGCUUUACGAGCCACCUGAAUGCAGCUUUGUAUAAGAGAAAGAUUGAAACUUUCAUCGAUUACGAACUUAAAAGAGGAGAUGAGAUUUCAUCUUCUCUUUUGAAGGCAAUUGAAGGUUCAAAGAUUUCAAUUAUCGUUUUCUCAAAACUCUAUGCUUCUUCUAGAUGGUGCCUCGAAGAACUUGUAAAGAUACUCGAUUGCAAGAAAAUGAACGGUCAGAUUGAGAUACCGGUUUUCUAUCGUAUAGAGCCAUCAGAUGUACGGAAGCAGACGGGGACUUUUGGCGAUGCGUUUUCUAUGCAUGAAGUACAAUUUAGGGAAAAACCAGAGAUGUUGCAGAGAUGGUGGAGUGCAUUGACGGAAGCCGCCAAUCUCUCUGGCUUUGAUUCAAAUGCUAUCAGGCCUGAAUCGAAACUUACAGAGACAAUUAUUGAACAUAUUUUGAAGAGAUUGAAUGAUAUGUCUUCUAGUGAUAAUAAGAACUUGGUUGGAAUAGUGAUGAAGAUUGAGAAAAUUAAAUCUUUAUUAUUUGAUGGGUCGGCUAAAGUAUGCAAUGUAGGAAUAUGGGGUAUGGGUGGUAUAGGCAAGACGACUCUUGCUAAUGCUAUCUUCAAUGAAAUAUCAAGUGAAUUUGAAGCUUCUCAUUUCAUUCAAAAUGUUAGGGAAGCAUCAAAUAAAAAUCAACAACCCCAUUUGCAGAAGGAACUUCUUUCUGCAAUAUUAGGGGAUGGAAACCUUAAUAUAGGUUUCACAUUCACAAAAGAAAGGCUUGGACGUAAAAGGAUUUUUAUUGUUUUUGAUGAUGUGACAGAUUUGAAACAAAUAAGCGAAUUAAUUGGAGAUAUUGAAGACUUGGGUUUUGGAAGUGGAAUCAUUAUAACUACAAGAGAUAAACAAGUGCUUAAAAAUUGUGGAUUGAAUGAUUCUACCAUUUAUGAGGUUGAAGAAUUAUGUAGUGAUUACUCUCUUCGACUUUUUAAACAACAUGCCUUCAAACAAAACCAUCCAGUUGAUGAAGUUUACUUGAAGCUUUCAAAAAGAGGAACUAAUCAAAUAAGAGGCAUGCCCUUUGAUAUGGUUAAAAUGAGAAUGAUAUACUUAAAUCCUUAUGCACUCUCAGACAUGGCUAAUCUAAGUGUCCUGAUAGUAAAUAUCUCAGAUUGGAGUUGCAGCAAUAAGGUUUAUGGUUAUGACAACAUUGAAUUUGAUUUCUCAGAGUUAAUAUGUCCCUGCUGGGAUCAUUAUCCCUUCCCAUUGUUGCCUAAGAAAUUUUAUCCUGAGAACCUUGUUGUACUUAAGAUGUGUAACAACAAUCUCCAACAACUUUGGACGGGUAUCAAGGACCUUGCUCAUUUAAAAUACAUUGAUCUGAGUUACUCAGAUUAUAUUCUUAGGGUCCCAGACCUCUCAAAAGCUCCAAAUCUAGAGAGUUCGAUUUUAGAAGAUAGUAUACGUUUGUUUGAGAUCACUCCUCCAUCUCAGAAUCUCAAUAAACUUGUUAAUUUGAAUCUAAGAAAUUGCAAGAGCCUUAUUGACCUUCCAAUUGGCAUUCAAUCAAAUGUUUGUAAUUUGAAAUCUCUUCGAUGGCUUGAUCUCUCUGGUUUGUCAAAUCUAAAAGUUGUACCAGAGAUCCCAUGCAAUAUAGAAGGAUUAUAUUUAGAUGGAACUGCUAUAAAAGAAUUGUCUUCAACAACUGAGAAUGUUUCCAAUCUAGAAAGACUGAGUCUUAGAAAUUGUUCAAGCCUUGAAAGUCUUCCAAACGGCAUUUGUAAAUUGAAGUUUCUGAAACAUCUUUGUAUCUCUGGUUGUUUGAAAAUUGAUAGAUUGCCCGAAGACAUAGGAAAUUUAGAAAGUUUGGAAGCGCUAGAAGCUGAUGAUUUGACAGAAGUACCUUCAUCUAUAGUACGUCUGAAAAACCUUCAUGAUUUAUCUUUGGAGAGAUGUAAGAGUCAAGGGCUGGUGCGCAUACUAUCACCUGUUUUAUCAGAUUGCCUUCUUUUACAGAGAAUAAAUUUGAAUUUCUGCAUUCUCUCAGAGUUGCCCUAUAAUUUUGGCCAAUUGUCAUUUCUUAAUUCCUUAAUAUUAGUCGGAAAUAAUUCUGAGACUUUACCUACAAGCAUCAUGAACCUCUCCAAGUUGUCGUUCCUCAACAUAAAGUUUUGUAAUAGGCUUCAAUACUUACCAAAGCUGCCAUGUCAGCUACAGAUUCUAGAGGCAGAGGGUUGUGAAUUGCUGAAAACAUUAUCAGGUUUCAUAAGUCCAUAUUAUAGAUAUUUACUUAGCUUCACCAGCUGCUUGAGUGUGGAUUGGAAAGAGAUCAGAAACAUCAUUGAUGAUGCUUUUCUUAAUAAUUACUCAAAUAAAGUUUUAAGGCAUGAAGCAGCGAAGGGGAGAGUUGGCCUUCCAGAAGGUUAUAUUUGUUUCCCUGAAAGUGAAAUUCCAGGGUUCUUUGAUAUUCAGGGUAGUGGAUCUCGCAUAGUGCUACCACAAGGAGUCAAAGGUGACACUAGGUACCAUGGGAAUGGUAGGAAUUAUUUUCAGUAUCAUUUGUCUUGUAAAUACAAACGUGCUGGUGGGAUAGCCUUCUUCGAUUUCAUGUGUUCUUUGUUUAUAAAGAAGUGCGGGAUUUACUUAUUGUUCGGUGAAGAGUUUGAACCACAUUCCAAGAGGCUGGAAGCUUCAAAUUUCUUUAAGGGUGAACCCAGCUCAAGGGAGAAUUUUGAGUUGGGGAAACGUAUGGAGAUGAGUAAAGCAGUAGAGCAAGUUGUGAGCAAUAACAGUGUAAAUAGUCGUAAUAAUAAUGGAGAUGGUGUUCAUGCUGGUGGUGUUGCUGAAGAGGGUUCUUUUCAGCAAAGUCAUGCUGGCAGUGAUAGUGUUUAUCAAAGAGGGAAUAGGGGAACAGGCAAUAUGCCAGAGAUGAAAAGGAGAGUGUCAGCCAGUCCAAUUAGAAAUGGAGGACCUGGUGCAGUGGGUGGAACAGGAAUGAUGGGAAAAGUUGGAAAUGCUUUUGGGCAUCCUCUGAUGUAUCCUCAACCAUUCGCAUUUGAUCUGAGGAUUGGUGCACCUACAGGGUGGAUGUGCAAUUAUAGGGGUUCUCUUGGUGCUUUAACACCUCCUUUUUCUAGGGUUUUAUCCAGAUGUACUCUCAUUGAUGAAGAGGAAGCACGCUCUACUAAGAGUUUUGAAUCUUCAAAUUUCUAUAAAGGGGAAUCCAGCUUGAGGUAA